GGUAAUUGAAACCAACCCUAAGCUCUUUUUAUCUCCGCCUUAAAGGUAGCCCUGAUUAUUGCUGACUUAAGCAUCGGAGUGUCUACCCCGAGUUCCACCUCGGGGCUUUGCAGGUUACUUCGGAGUACAAGCGCGGACUGAAGAAGGACUUCGGGUUUGGUGCAAUUACAUUGGCGCCGUCUGUGGGAAUCGAACUGAAAGUUUUCUAGUUGCUCUCCCAUCAUGGUUCACACUCGAUCGGUCCGAGCUGGUAAUUCAUCUCUGCCUCAUGGGCAAGGUCAACCACACAACAACCUUCCACCUCCGAUCCCACCUCAAAUCCUACCUCAGCUUCCACCUCAGGUCCCAACCAUAUUCCCUCCUGCUAAUCAUGCAGAAGGAGGAGAUGAAAACCAACCUCAUGCCUCAGCUCACAAUUCUACUUCCACUGCCAACCAAGACGUGGUGACAGCUCAACUUGCUGCCAUGCAGCAGCAGUUUGGUGUUUUUCAGUUAGUACUGGCUCAGCUUCUAGCUAGAAAUAAUCGUGGUGAUCCCCUCAUUAAUCUACUAACCCCUGCUCAACAACCUCCAGCCCCACAACAGAAUCCCCAACCGAUUCCACCUGCUCCCGCCAUUAGCGAAUCUCAGGGUCAAUCCCACAUAGCACCUGCUCAGCAACCCAUCCCAGAUGAUGUCACCCGACGCCUCGAUAGCUUGGAAAAGCUAGUAGCUGAACACCGAGACGGUUAUCGAAGCGAACAUGCUUUGAAGUUCAACUUUGAUGCGACAAAUAAUAUGGCUGAGUAUGAAGCUCUGCUACUCAGCCUACAACUAGCAUUAGAGUUGAAGAUCAGCGCAAUUCAAGUGUACAGUGACUCCCAACUGGUGGUAAACCAAAUCAACUCUAUUUGCGAAGUCGUUGAUCCUGUGAUGGUAAAGUAUGUAGCCUUGGUGGCCGAGCUGAAGUGCAAAUUUCAGAAAUUCUAUCUGAGUAAAAUCCCCCGGGCUGAGAACGAACAGGCAGAUUCACUCUCCAAGUUUGCCUUUGAUAGCUCUUUAAGCUCCAUAUCUGUUUUUGUAGAAGUUUUAGAUGAAUCAAGCUUCACAAAGCCUCGAGUGAUGGAGAUUAGCACAAAUCCUGACACGCCAAGCUGGACUGAUUCAAUUGUCUCCUUCUUACGAGACGGGAUAGUGCCUGAGGACAGGCAAGAGGCAAUGAAAUUGAGGAAGAAAGCAUCUCGGUAUACACUUGUUGAUGGAGUCCUGUAUAAGAGAUCUUUCUCACUUCCUCUCCUACGGUGUUUAAGUCCCUAUGAAGUUGAAUACGCGCUUCGAGAGGUGCAUGAGGGUGUCUGUGGGAGCCAUGUCGGUGCUAGAACUCUGGCUCACAAAGUCUUAAGACAAGGAUACUACUGGCCGAACAUGUACAAAGAUGCCACUUACUUUGUUCAGAAAUGUCUGAAGUGCCAAUUCUUUGCACAUCUGACUCAUCAACCUGCAGAAGAACUCGCAAGCUUGGUAGCACCAUGGCCAUUUGCACAGUGGGGACUAGAUCUUUUGGGUCCAUUCGUGAAAGGGGUUGGAGGUGUUACCCAUCUGCUCGAUCAUCUGCAGAUAUGGGAUCCCAAACCAGAUUGUGGCUGAUAAUGGAACUCAAUUCAACUGCUCCUCUUUUCGAGAUUUCUGCUCCAGUUAUGGGAUCAAAUUACA